AAAAGCAGAGGGAAUUCCAGACGUGGAAAGGCCAGCGCUUUGAGUGCAUACAUCAGUAGUAGCAGCAGCAGUAGAGAUUUUCUACAAUUUCUAUAAUUUCCUUUUUCAAGUCAUCAAAUCUCUCCCGAUUCUGUCUUGUUAUCUGUUUUUCCUCGAUUUUUCGUUUAUUUUCCCGCAUUUUUCUGUGUAGAUUACGCUGCUGUUUGAGAAGAAAUCCAGUUGCGCCCAUCUACCUUCCUUUUUAAGUAGUACCUUUGGAGAAGUUAGAAACCCUAACCUUGAAUAGAGAAAAUGUUCUCGCAAGGCCUCAAUCCAAACACCGUUCGAUGGGCUCGAGAGGGCCCCCAAAUCAAUCCCAUAAGGAAUGGAGUUCGUAACUUCGGACUUCCUCCCCCAGCAAAAUUCAGAAGCGGGCAUUUGCCGCUCAGGUCAAUUCCCGUCUCCUGCCCAGAUGAUGAUGGUGCUUCUGGGUCUGACAUGGAAUUGACGGACUCUGAGGAAGAGAUUUGUGGUGGGAGGCACCCCCUCAAUUCACUGCCACGGGAGGGAGUGUCGAGUCGGGUCCCCAGCAGGAUGGCUAAUGGGCAGCUGCACUACACGAGCGACUGCAUUGAUUCGGAUUUCAGCACGUCAGGGGACGCAGUUCAGCAGCAUCGGGUUCGUAUGACUGAGAGAAUGGGAGCAGGAUGUUGUAGGGACCCAGUAGAGGUGACUGGCUACACUGAAGAUGAAAUGUCAGAUUCUGCAAGGAGUUCUGGAUUUACUAAACGCAUGGAAAGCAACAAUGGAGGGUACUCUGCGAAGGGGCACCCUACGAGUGUUCUGUUGCAGCCAGAGAGAAAAUUUGCCACUGAAAAGGAUAAAAGAGGCUUUCUGAAUAAUAAGUUUCAUGAAGUUGAUGUCCCUAGUGCACCUCUGUUUUGUGGCUCUAGUGAGGAAAUUAACCAAGCUGUUGAGGAAAUUCCAUUCUUUAAUCCACGCGCAGCUGAUUCAAAUGGUUCCUCCAUCAAAAAGGCUCCAAGUGAAUCCAAACGCAUGCACUCUGGGGUUGGUGCCCAGUAUAAUAUAGGAAAUGGGCUACCUGAACCAUGUAUUAGGACUAAUUCUCUUGGUGUGGAAGCUGCUGUAUCUUUAGGCUCUUUGCCACUUCAUGUUCCUACUUUCCGUGCAAGUAGACAAGGGCCUUGGCAUGCUGUGCUUGCAUACGAUGCAUGUGUUCGUCUUUGUCUUCAUUCUUGGUCCAAACAGUGCACAGAAGCUCCCAUUUUUCUGCAAAAUGAGUGUGCACUUUUGCGAGAUGCUUUUGGUUUGCAGCGGAUCUUGUUACAAUCAGAAGAAGAACUACUGACAAAACAAUCUUUAGAGCUCGUCAGUGAAGGAGCGGUACCAAAACCCAAGAAAACCAUUGGUAAAAUGAAAGUGCAAGUACGGAAAGUGAAAAUGUCUCCAGACAUGCCUUCAGUUUGCAGUUUUUCAUCUUUGAAACCACCAAUGAUAAGGUUGAAAUCUCUUCAGUACCGUAUGUCCAAUUUGCAGUCAACUCUUUCCUCUGGAUGGGAAGCAAUUCAGAAAGUUAGUGUUAAGCCUCAUGUACCUGCCAACAGUUCUUUUUCCCAGCAUAGCCUAGCAUAUAUGCAUGCUAGUACACGGUAUAUUAAGCAGGUCUCUGGGCUUUUGAAAAUUGGAGCAACUAGUCUGCAAAACACUUCAUCAUAUGAACCAGUUCAAGAAACAUACUAUUGUCUGUUGAGAUUGAAAAGUUCAACUGAAGAGGAUAAAGUUAGAAUGCAGCCUGGGUCUGGUGAAACACACAUCUUCUUUCCGGAUAGUCUUACAGAUGAUCUAAUCAUUGAAAUUCAUGAUUCCAAGGGAGAGUGUUAUGGUUGUGUCCUUGCGCAGGUGGCUAGCAUUGCAGAAGACCCGAGUGACAAGCUUCGCUGGUGGUUCAUUUACCGUGAGCCAGAGCAUGAACUUGUUGGCAGAUUACAGCUUUACAUUAAUUACACAACUAAUCCAGAUGAAAAUAGCUCUCUUAAGUGUGGCUCUGUUGCAGAAACUGUGGCAUAUGACCUGGCUCUGGAAGCUGCAAUGAAAGUUCAGCGUUUUCAUCAAAGGAAUUUGUUGCUGCAUGGACCAUGGAAGUGGUUACUGACAGAGUUUGCAUCCUACUAUGGGGUUUCAGAUACUUAUACCAAACUAAGAUACCUUUCUUAUGUUAUGGAUGUGGCAACCCCAACAGCGGACUGUCUCGUCUUGGUGCACGAUUUGCUAUCACCUGUAAUUCUGAAGGGCCGCAGCAAGAACACUUUAAGUCAUCAAGAGAACCGCAUCUUAGGAGAAAUUGAGGAACAAAUUGAGCAGAUUAUUGCACUUGUCUUUGAGAACUACAAGUCACUGGAUGAGUCAACACCCUCAGGAAUGAUGGAUAUCUUUAGGCCUGCAACGGGAUCUCCAGCUCCUGCUUUGGUACCUGCCAUAAAGCUGUAUACUCUUCUUCAUGAUAUACUUUCUCCAGAGGCACAAUUGAAACUAUGCGGCUAUUUCCAGGCUGCUGCAAAGAAGAGAUCAAGAAAGCACCUGGCAGAAACUAAUGAGUUUGUUGCCAGCAAUAGUGAAGGCAGAUUGACAGAUCCUGUGACUCUCUCUACUGCUUACCUGAAAAUGAAAGCACUUUGCUUGAAUAUUAGAAAUGAAGUUUGCACGGACAUUGAGAUCCACGAUCAACAUGUGCUACCUAGUUUUAUAGACCUCCCAAAUAUCUCUGCCUCCAUAUACAGUGCAGAGCUUUGCAAUAGAUUACGCGCAUUCCUUGUUGCAUGCCCUCCCACCAGCCCUGUAUCGCCUGUAGCAGAUCUGGUAAUUGCAACUGCAGAUUUUCAAAGGGAUCUCGAUAGCUGGAAUAUUUGUCCUGUCAGAGGAGGCGUUGAUGCAAAGGAGUUGUUCCACUUAUACAUUGUUGUCUGGAUUCAAGAUAAGCGACUUUCAUUGCUUGAGUCAUGCAAAUUAGAUAAGCUGAAAUGGUCAGGGGUUAGAACGCAACAUUCUACUACUCCGUUUGUUGAUGAUAUGUAUGAUCGGCUGAGAGACACAUUGAAUGAGUAUGAGAUCAUCAUCCGUCGGUGGCCGGAAUACACUUUUGUUCUUGAGAACGCUGUUGCAGAUGUUGAGAAGGCAGUGGUGGCUGCUUUGGACAAGCAGUAUGCGGAUGUUUUGGCCCCACUGAAGGAUGCUCUGACACCUAAGAAAUUCGGCCUCAACUAUGUCAAGCAAAUUGCUAAACGCAAUUUUGUGAACCUUUACAUUGUCCCGGAGGAGGUUGGAAUUCUUCUGAACACCAUGAAAAGGUUGAUUGAUGUGCUGCGGCCCAAGAUAGAAACACAGUUGAAGUCAUGGGGUUCUUGCAUACCAGAUGGUAGAAACUUGGCUUCCGGAGAGCAACUUAGUGAAGUAACAGUGAUGCUGAGAGCCAAGUUCAGAAACUACCUACAAGCAGUUGUGGAGAAACUUGUAGAGAAUAGUCGACUACAAAGUACAACAAAACUGAAGAAGAUCAUCCAAGAUUCAAAGGAAACUGUGAUUGAGUCCGACAUUCGAAACAGAAUGCAGCCUUUGAAAGAUCAACUCUCGAAGACAAUCGAUCACCUUCAUAGAGUCUUCGAGACCCAUGUCUUUGUCACGAUAUGCCGAGGCUACUGGGACCGGAUGGGGCAGGAUGUGUUGAGCUUCUUGGAGAGUAGGAAGGAGAAUAGGUCAUGGUAUAAAAGUUUGCGAAUUACAAUGGGCAUUCUGGAUGACACCUUUGCGUCACAGAUGCAACAGCUGCUUGGAAAUGCACUACAAGAGAAGGAUUUGGAGCCACCCAGAUCAAUCAUGGAAGUGCGUUCAAUCGUCUGUAAGGAUGCACCAAAACACAAGGACAUGAAUUACUACUAUUAGUCUUGAUAUGUGUGUACAUAUAUUGGGAGGCAGCUUUUUUUUUUUUCCUGCUGUAAAAGCUCAAGAGCCAAUAUCGAAAUACACUGUGAUUGGAUCAAUGAUCUUGGCAGUGAGAUUGUACAUGUUGAUUCUUUGAUUUGUAAGUAGGGGAGAGAUUCCAGCAUUUUGUAAAGGGACCUGAGAGUAUAGUUAAGGUUUUUAAAAGAAGAUUUGCCCUACCUUGGCAUCUCAUCUUCAAAUUAGUGUCUUCAAGUAA